UAAAGACAAAUCUCGCGGGAUAGAUUGAAGACUACGGAAGCCGACACGGCCACAUUCCGGCGGUCCUCCUACGACGUUCUGCUUCCUCUCGGACAGAUUCUUCUCCUCUGGACUGUAGCGAAAGGAGACGAGCAUUAAAAAGUGUACGUGUGUAGAUGUGUGACAGCGGAGUGUGUGAGGACAAGCCCCCCGCCCCCCCUGUCAGGAUGAGCAGCCAAGGAGGAGCCAAGGACCCCCAGUCAGCCAAUCACAAUUACCGACCUCUGCCAUCGGUACCCGAGGAGAGAAAGUCCAGGAACAAAAUCAUCUCCAUGUUUGCCUCAGAGAAAGGAGGCAGGAAAAAGGACAAAGACAAGGACCGGCCCGAGAUCUCUUCUCCUUCUGACUUCGAACAUACCAUCCAUGUGGGCUUCGAUGCGGUCACUGGAGAGUUCACUGGCAUGCCUGAGCAGUGGGCUCGGCUCCUCCAGACCUCAAACAUCAGUAAAUCUGAGCAGAAGCAAAACCCACAGGCAGUCCUGGACAUCCUAAAGUUCUAUGAUUCAACCAGUGGAAAACAGAAAUACCUCAGCUUCUCUGCCACAGAUAAAGACUCGCAGUCGCCAGGAAAACAGGGUACCAAAACCUCCCCGUCAGGGGGCAGGGAUGGUGAUGAUGACGAGGAUGAUGACACACCACCUCCAGUUGUUGCACCACGCCCAGAGCAUACCAAAUCAGUGUACACAAGAUCGGUGAUCGACCCAAUUCCAGCCCCUGAGACAGACGCAACAUCAAAGACCAAGAAAAAGGAUGGAAAGAUGACGGAUGAGGAGAUCAUGGACAAACUAAGAACAAUUGUCAGCAUUGGUGACCCAAAAAAGAAAUAUACGCGCUAUGAGAAGAUCGGUCAGGGGGCAUCUGGCACAGUGUACACAGCGAUAGAUGUUGCAACGGGACAAGAGGUUGCCAUCAAACAGAUCAACCUGCAGAAGCAGCCGAAGAAGGAGCUGAUUAUCAAUGAAAUUCUGGUCAUGAAGGAGAUGAAGAAUCCAAACAUAGUCAACUUUGUGAACAGCUUUCUGGUGGGCGACGAGCUGUUUGUGGUGAUGGAGUACCUGGCAGGUGGAUCUCUCACUGACGUUGUGACAGAGACUUGCAUGGACGAGGCUCAGAUCGCUGCUGUGUGUAGAGAGGUCCUGCAGGCUCUUGAGUUCCUUCACGCUAACCAGGUCAUCCAUCGAGACAUUAAGAGUGAUAACGUCCUCCUAGGGAUGGAUGGAUCUGUCAAACUCACCGACUUUGGCUUCUGCGCUCAGAUCACUCCAGAGCAGAGCAAGCGCAGCACCAUGGUGGGAACACCAUACUGGAUGGCUCCUGAGGUGGUGACCAGAAAGGCCUAUGGACCCAAAGUGGAUAUUUGGUCUCUAGGGAUCAUGGCCAUCGAGAUGGUGGAAGGAGAGCCUCCGUAUCUCAAUGAGAACCCGCUCAGGGCAUUGUAUCUAAUCGCCACCAAUGGAACUCCAGAGCUACAGAGUCCAGAAAAGCUGUCACCGGUCUUCAGGUCCUUCCUGUCCCGCUGUUUGGAGAUGGAUGUUGAGAAAAGAGGGUCAGGAAGAGAACUGCUCCAGCAUCCGUUCCUGAAGCUGGCCAAGCCUCUGUCCAGCCUCACGCCUCUCAUCCUGGCUGCCAAGGAGGCAAUGAGGAGCAACCGCUGAAACUUGCACCAAAAACUACAUUUACCAAAGGUGACCAAAGAGGAGAGGAUCUUCAGCCUACUGGCUCCGUCAGUGUUCAACAUUCUUUUUACCUUGUCUACUGUCCAACUCCUAGCUGCAGCGUCUACUACUGCAGCCACAUACUGCCACCACCUGUCCGUCAGUCGCCACUACAAUCCGAGUGACACGCUGUGCCCGCCGCCAACAGACCCAACAUGGUCACCAUGGUCACAUUCAAAUACAUGUCCAGACCGCAAAGUGUGCAGAUGGUGUGCAGAUGGUCGAACUGACGUUCGCUGUGGUUUACAAAUCUUGUGUGUAUAUAUAUAUAUAUAUAUAUAUAUAUAUAUAUAUAUAUAUAUAUAUAUAUAUAUAUAUAUAUAUAUAUAUAUAAUUUGGAGACGUGUUAGUGGUAUUUUUUAUUGCCAAAACUGCUACAGACACAGCAAGGGUGACGGGACCAAAACAAAAUUUGGCAGCUUGGUGACAAUUUUGUCUUGUGAUCUGCUGUUAUGAUCAAGUUUUUAAACUAUUGAAUCUGGAAACACUCCACUUAUGUUUCAGUUUACAUCUUGAUUUCCUCAACACUGGCCUGGGGAGUGCGAUAUUCCCUCAGCAGUUGUACGAUGUGAGGGUCACAUGGAGGGGCGAGUUUGUGUCUGAAUGAUGUUACACUUCAGGAAGUGUAUGUCGACACUGGUCUCAUUCCAGCUGAGAAAUCUGUGGCAUCAAAUGUCACCAAUCUAUUUCUCCCCAUGUGAUUCAUCACGAGGUGCGUCUGCUCCGUUUUUGUUUUGUUAUGUUUUUAAUACUUCCACGGUUGUCUGUGCAUUUAACUGUUUUCUGUCUGUAUUUGUGUUGUGGAAUAUGCAAACUAGAUAUAAAGGUCUCAACAUUUGGAGCUGUUAAACAUGUGGCUGUACUUCAAUAUGUUCUUGCUGCAUUGUUUUCUCUUUAUCCUCAAUACAAACUUGAGUAGAACAGUAUUCGGCUUCCAGGACUCUAAUGAGAAAAGGUGCUCAGUUCUGAGUCAAUCAUUUGCUUCCUCUGUUCUGUCCAUGGUACCAAAGAUAUGACAAAAGAUGGUGAGAAUUUCAUCUUUCUGACAAUCAUGUUCCAAAAGUUAUAAUUUUAAAAGGGGAGAUUGAAGUAUUAAAGCAUACCAUUUUAAAACAAUUAAUGUUAUUGUUGUUCCAAAUUGAUUGACAUAAAAUAAGUUAAUAAAAGUCCAAAA